CGCCGCGCUCCGUCCGCCGUCUCUGCCCCCGCGAACCUGAUCUCAAGAUGGCAGCGCCCAGCGGAAGAAGGAAUGGCAGCGGCGGCGCGAACUUGUGGGUCUCGCUGCUCCUGGCGGCCGUGGCGCUGAGGCCGGUGGAGACGGUGUCCGAGCCCACGACGGUGGCGUUUGACGUGCGGCCUGGCGGCGUGGUGCAUUCUUUCUCCCAGAACGUGGGCCCUGGGGACAAAUAUACCUGUGUGUUCACCUAUGCAUCUCAAGGAGGGACCAAUGAGAAGUGGCAGAUGAGUCUGGGGACCAGCGAAGACCACCAGCACUUCACCUGCACCAUCUGGAGGCCCCAGGGCAAGUCCUACCUGUACUUCACGCAGUUUAAGGCAGAGGUGCAGGGCGCCGAGAUCGAGUACGGCAUGGCCUACUCAAAAGCUGCUUUUGAGAAAGAGAGCGACGUUCCCUUGAAAAAUGAGGAGUUUGAGGUGACCAAAACAGCAGUGUUCCACAGGCCUGGGGCCUUCAAGGCUGAGCUGUCCAAGCUGGUGAUCGUGGCCAAGGCAACACGCAGCGAACUGUGACCUAAAGCCCCUCUGAGGGCAGCUUUUCCUCCUCUCCCCGCAAGGAGCUGGACCCCAAGAAGGCCCAGUACUUGUUUUCUAGGUUGGAUUGAGGGGCUCUUGGUUUUCUGUCCCAGCUGAUGUUGCCCUGUUUGGAGGACAGCUAAGGCCCCAGAAUGGAGUCUCGAGGGCUAGGACGCACCUGGCGCCCACCUUCCCUCACCCCGAAGAUUGUGGGUCUGAGACCCACUGUUCUUCUCAUCAGAAGAGGCAUCAGAACACAUGGCCAGGGGGCAGUGGGGCAUCUCCCUGGGAUCAUGGCUUUUCUGAAGCCAGGGCAUCCCCUCCUCCCCGCUGGGAUCAGGCCAGGCUCCAGGAUGUUCUGCGGGGGAGCCCCCCACUGCCUGAGACCCCACACCAGCCGCCUUCUUCUCACUCCCCAGGGGACCAACUUUCACACUGGGCAGAAAUGAAAUGUUCUUUCAUAUUUAAAUAAAUAAGACAACUAAAAAGCA